AUGCCUAAAGCCACCAAAGCCACUACUUCCAAAAUGCCUAAGGACAAGCCCGUUCGCAAGGCCACCAAGGAGCGUGUCCAGCGCCGCAAGAAGGACCCCAACGCCCCCAAGCGUGGUCUCUCUGCUUACAUGUUCUUCGCCAACGACAACCGUGACAAGGUUCGCGAGGAGAACCCCGGUAUCACUUUCGGCCAAGUCGGAAAGAGCCUCGGUGACAAGUGGAAGGCUCUCACUGAGUCCGAGCGCAAGCCCUACGACAAGAAGGCUGCCGAUGACAAGAAGCGUUACGAGGAAGAGAAGGCCAAGUACCAAGAAAGUCUGGCCAACGCCGAUGAAGAGGAGUCCGAGUAA